AUGGCAUCAAUUGCAGAACGGGUAGGACGACAGCGGCUCCAACGUUUGGUGGUUGGACACGCCGCUUGGUGGAUACCCACACCAAACGGUAAUCCAAAUGCCAUUCGCGAUGAGGAAGUGGCUGAGCAAAAAUUGUCAUUUGCCGCUGCGCUUAAGGAUUUGCUGGAGAACCUGUCAUUCCAUUGUUAUGGCAAAUUAGUCGAGCACGGUCGUCGCAUGCAAGAGCGAUUCGUUUGGCUGAUUUGCCACAUAACUGCGCUGGGCUUUCUAAUUGCAUUCGUGUGGGGCACGUACAAGCAUGCCGCGGAGGAGCUGGUGACCACCAUAUACAAUCCAUCGUAUCCCGUUUGCCAUGUCGCCCUGCCAGCCAUCUCCGUCUGCAGCAACAAUCGAAUAUCCAAGCGGGCUGUCUGGCGAUACGCACAUGAACUCAGCCUAAAGGAUCCCAGGUUGCGUAAUGCUACUUAUUUUUACGAUGAGCUUCAGGCCUUUGGCAUGUUUUAUACCCUCUGGGAUUUUGGCGAUUAUGAGCGGUUUCUGCGCUUGCAGGGCUUCUUGGAUGUGUUGGAUACCAAGUCCGAUGAGCUAUUCUACAAUACCAGGGAACGCUUACGUGACCUGACUCCAAAAUGUAGCGAUAUCCUUCUAUCCUGCCGGUUUGCAGCACAUUAUUUCAAUUGCGAAAAAGUGUUUGUGAAAAUGCUGACCAGUUAUGGCUAUUGUUGCACCCUCAAUCCCAAAGGAGACUUCCUCAAAGACUACACAUAUUAUAAGCGUUUUUUUGGUGCCGAUAUGGGUCUGGUGCUAACACUGAACGCCACAACUAGCGAUAACUUUUAUAAAAUGCAUGAACAAGAUGGAUUUUCGCCAACCAACUAUCCGGACCCGCAAUCAGGUAGCGUAACUAUACGCUUCGCGCUGGCUGGCCAAAAUACACUUCUCCCAAUAUGACCCAAAAUAUUGGAGACGGUGCACGAAGCUCGUCACAUGAGUCCCACUGUGCGCAAAUGUCGCUUCUGGGAUGAGAUGCCGUACAACUUCACCAAUCACUAUACCCACAGCAAAUGCAUCUCCGCCUGCCGUGCCCGUAGCAUCUACAACCUAUGCGGAUGCCUUCCCUUUCAAAUGCCCCAUCGUUUUAUUACACAACGUGAGAGAUCUGUCUACUGCACGCUCCAGCACAUGGAGUGCAUCAGGCGCUAUAAAUUUAAAUGGCUGAAUGUCAUCACCAGUCGCGAAUAUGUGCCCGGUCUGGAGCAUGAGCUGCAGGAUGCUCUCUACUGUCCCAACUGUCUGCCCUCCUGUACGGAGAUACGGUAUCAGGUCCGUGGCGCAAUGACACUCCCCAUCAAUGGCUUAUACAAACCAAUGACUUCCGAGUUGGCAGUUGUGCGUAUUUACUUUGCCGAAACGCAUAUUCAAUACUUUCGCCAGAUUAUUAAAAACGCCUGGUAUGAGAUCUUCAGUACAAUUGGCAACAUCUGCAGCAUCAUAGCUGGCUUCUCAUUGAUUGGCAUCUGCGAGCUGCUAUUUUUCCUAGCCAAACAAUUAUGGCAUGCAUACAAAGCAGAACAGAAGUCGGAACUCAGCCAUACCCAUACCCAUACCCAAUCCCACUCGCAAUCCAGCACCCGGACUCACACUCAGACCCAGACCCAGACCCAGACCCGGGCUAAUGGCCGUCCGGACGGGAACAUUAGCGUCGAGAAUCUUGGACACUUGCCCACUUGUAACCAGCAGUUGGCAACACUCAAAGCGGCCAACAGUUAUGGACCACAAAAUCCAUGA